GAGACGGUUCCUUGGCUCAUCUCCCAACAAUGACACCAUCACCAAAGUGCUACAUAUCCGUGCACAAAUCGCCAGAGAAAACAAUCUUACCACAUCCAUUCAAUCAUCUUGUUGACCUCUUGCUCCCGACGGAUCUUUACCGGCUCAUAUCUAAUGACUUGGAAUCGUCACCCUCGCUAUCUAAGCCACUGCGAUGGCAUCGAAUGUCGAUACCUCUAUCCGUGAUAGUGGAGACUGAAUUUCUUACAAAGUAUAUAAAGACAGGUUUGUGCUUUUCUAUCGAGACACCCGCCUUUUGCUAACGGGGUGAAAGGCAAUGUUAUAAUGCUCUCCAGAGGCCGAAUCGACAUUGACAAUGUCUUCUCACUCAAUGACGGGAUACUCCGCCUUUCGCUCACGAAGGAAGCAUACGAGAGAGCGGGCUUAACCGGGCGGCCUACACGCUUCGGGAAUACCGGUCCUAGGAAAAAACAUAACCGACAUCGUAAAGCUCCCAUCUUCGUCCGCUACCCAUUGUAUGCUAACUUGUCUAGUGGUUGAAAUAAACCUCCGUGACCCAGCUAUGCUCCAUGGAAAGAAAGGCUUCGACCGCAUAGUCUGGAGCUUCCAGAAUAAACUCAAUAAGAAGGUCGAUUUCUUGUUUUGCGAUUUAGAUCAGCAGAAAAAUCAUAUAGAUUGUCCGAUACUCACGGCAUUGGGGGCUACUUCCCGACAGGUUCAAGUCCCCGAGGUGACUUCGUCAAGUUUGGUCAAAGUGCCUUCUUUCGAUCCUCCGCCAGGGUCGGUGCCACAGGGCGGGGGGGCAAGUCUCGGGGCGGAAUAUAAUCGGGAGGUAUGGAGGGAUUGGGCGAUGCAUGUCUAUGAGUGGCUCGCGCUGGCAAAUCUGGGUCCUGCCGAUCGGGUUAUUGCGGGCGAUAAUAUCGAUCCCUAUCUGUCUGCUUAUGCCGUCGAUCAGGGAGAAUAUGAAGGAGAGGCAGGCAUGGGUCUAACUAGAGUACGAUUUCGGGGGAUGAUCCCGGCCGGUUGGAUUCUGAGCGUUUGGAAGGCUGUUGAGUGAGUUGUACCCGAGUCCUUUGUUUGAUAUGUUUGAGUACUGAUGGACCUUGAAUAGGAAACUGGUAGAAACUGUUUCUGUUGGGAGCAGGAAGGAAUGGUUUUCAUUGACUGUUCAUGGGCUUGAGAAUUCGCCGAUAAGUUGGGAUAAAUCUGCUCAUGGUUCAAUGACGGGCGGCGAGAAUGGAUACACCCUUCUUAGCGUACCGCAGAAAGAUGAAAUCAACGCGGAAUGUGCGAAAAUAUUAACCUUUGAAGUCGUUGGAAGCCAGGAUGAGCAUUCAUGAUCUAUGCACAAUAUUAUAGCUUUAAAAUUCUGUAUAUAUAUCAUCAAUAUCCUAUGACCG